AUGGGCGUCUACAACAUGAGGAUCGGGUGGUGGUUGGUCAAGGAUGGAGGUCGUUGCUGGAAGAUCGGGAAUUUUUGGCCGUUAUCGAUAAACCCUUCGAUGUACUGCGUAAAGACAAUUGUUGCACUCCGUCGUCCCAUCAUUCCUUGCGAACCAAGAGAGCGCAACAUUCCUCCUAUGCCAUCUCAAAGCUUCAUCUUGCUGGUUGUCGUAACUGGCAGACCGCAGAUCUACCGAGGGCGCGCCCUUUCCACUCAGUAUGCAACGCAACGUGGAAAUGACUUGACCGGCGGUUCAGCUCUUUCUCUUAAUCGAGACAUAAUGGGAAUACCACGGGUUGUAUUUGGUAGGCAGGGAUAA